GAACGAUUCGCGAGUAGGAUCACACACCAAGCACUACGAUUCCACUACCAGAGAUCCCCACGUCAACACAGAUGACGUCGCUCGCACCAGCUCGGUGGCUCACAGGGGAAGAAAUCCGGAGUUCUCUGUUUGGACCAACACAGCUAACUCGGCCCGUGGUUGGCGGGCACCCGCCCGUCGUCUGGCUUCCAUGGUCUCCUGGCGGUAUAUAGAGCGCAGGGCUUCCAACCGGUCUCAUUCUUUGUCGACACUUUUGACCUCGUCUUCUGGAUCGGUGGAUCCGUUCUUUCUCUUCUUCCUCGCCAUCAGAGAUCUAGAAAGAGAGAAAGAGAGAGGGAAAGAGGAGAAACCCUAAUGGCGGUGGUAUCGGCUCUGGCGAAGUAUAAGCUGGUCUUCUUGGGGGAUCAAUCGGUGGGGAAGACUAGCAUCAUCACCCGAUUCAUGUACGACAAAUUCGAUACCACCUACCAGGCCACAAUUGGGAUUGAUUUUCUGUCAAAGACAAUGUACCUUGAAGAUCGCACAGUUCGCUUGCAACUUUGGGAUACUGCUGGACAGGAGAGAUUUAGGAGUCUUAUUCCAAGCUACAUCAGAGAUUCUUCUGUUGCAGUAAUUGUUUAUGAUGUAGCCAAUCGGCAAUCAUUUUUAAACACUUCAAAGUGGAUUGAAGAAGUGCGAACAGAACGGGGAAGUGAUGUUAUUAUUGUCCUAGUAGGAAACAAGACGGAUCUUGUUGACAAAAGGCAAGUUUCUAUUGAAGAAGGAGAAGCCAAGGCCCGUGAAUUUGGGGUCAUGUUCAUAGAAACCAGUGCAAAAGCAGGAUUCAACAUUAAGCCUCUCUUCCGCAAGAUUGCUGCAGCCUUACCAGGGAUGGAGACUCUUUCUUCGACCAAACAAGAAGACAUGGUUGACGUCAACUUGAAGCCCACUGUCAGUGCCUCGCAGUCAGAACAGCAAUCAGGAGGAUGUUCGUGCUAGAGAAAAUACCUGCAGAGUAUACAGGCAGAAGUAAUUAUUGGCCAAGGAGAACUUUCAGAUGUUAAUACAAGUGCAAUUUGAGGGUUUCAUAUACAUGAGGAUGGACAAGCGUCAUUCUUUUGCAUUUUGCAGUAGGCUACCAAAUGAUCUCCUAAUUGAUGGAGACUCUUUUUCUGUCUUGUUUGUAUAGUAAAAGCCUUCUCUUCAGGAUCUGUUUCUUUUUCUCCUUUCACAGAACUUCUUGUUUUGUUGAGGGUAUAAUUUAAAACAAUACCGGGACUUUGCUUCUUUUUUGGGUGGGAACCACUGGUUUGAAUUAUAUGUAUCGUUACAAUUUUUCCAACUCUAGAAUAUGACUAGGCGCUACAUUAUUUGAUUGUCAGGGGUGUUUCAUUAGUUCUUGUACUUGCUAUGGUGUUUAAUAAACUUCAUAAAGAGCUGCAUUCUUUUUAAAA